UCUCCGCAUACUUUAUUGAAAUGUGUGUGCGCGUGAAAGGCGGAGAGAAAAAGUGUGUAUGUGCGUGUGAGGGUGUAUGCCUCGAACAAGUAAAGACAGGGGAAUUAUUCUGAGCUACUGAGAUAUUUCAACACAUCGCUUUUGUACGAAGACCGAAGGCUAUCCGAGUGAACACGUUUUGGGAGGAAUAAACACAGGAACAUCCACGGAGUUUAGCAGCAGAUUAAAAAAAAUAAAUAGAAACAACACCUUGGCUAAAAGGCUUUGAAUUAAUACAGAAGCGGACUCAAAAAAAAACAUAAUAACAUCCGUCAAAUUCUUAGGAACAAUUGUAACUGAGCAGCUGCAGAUAUUAAUGGAUUGUUUUUUCUUACUUUCUGUUGUAAGCACUCUGUUGGAAUAAUUGACAAAAAUCAAGAGAGAACGCUCGAAUAAAUCGUCCGAUGCUUACAUCUGCGUUGGAUAAAUUGCUUUUUUGCUGGAACUCUUAAAUUGACGACACGUCUGACAAAUACUAAUUCCUAUUAGUAAUAGUAUUCCUAUUUAGGGCUCAGCACAUCUGGAAUCUGGACUUGAAUGAGCUUCCUGAUGAGAGAUCCAGUUAUACCAGGGGCAAGUAUGGCAUACCAUCCGUUUUUACCUCACCGGGGUCCGGAGUUUGCCAUGAGUGCAAUGCUGGGUCACCAGCCACCCUUUUUCCCGGCCCUCGCGCUACCUCCAAACGGCUCGCUCUCCCUGCCGGGUGCACUUGGAAAGCCCAUAAUGGACCAACUGAUUGGCGCCGCGGAGACCGGCCUGCCCUUCUCAUCGCUGGGACAUCAGGCUGCUGCAGCCCAUCUUAGGCCUCUGAAGACGCUUGAGCCCGAGGAAGAGGUUGAAGACGAUCCAAAAGUUCACCUCGAAGCGAAAGAACUUUGGGAGCUCUUCCACAAGCGAGGCACAGAAAUGGUUAUCACGAAAUCAGGAAGACGUAUGUUCCCUCCGUUCAAAGUAAGAUGCACUGGCUUGGACAAGAAAGCCAAAUACAUACUAUUGAUGGAUAUUGUUGCAGCCGACGACUGUAGAUAUAAAUUUCACAAUUCACGCUGGAUGGUGGCAGGCAAGGCUGACCCUGAAAUGCCAAAACGGAUGUACAUUCACCCCGACAGUCCGGCCACUGGCGAACAGUGGAUGUCUAAAGUCGUCAACUUUCACAAACUUAAAUUGACAAAUAACAUCUCUGACAAACACGGAUUUGUAAGUGGCAUCUCUUCUUCUUCUUCUUCUUCUUCUUCCUCAUAUGAUUUCUUAUUUCAGACUAUUCUGAACUCUAUGCACAAAUAUCAGCCAAGAUUUCACAUCGUGAGAGCCAACGACAUUCUGAAACUACCUUACAGCACAUUUAGAACCUAUGUAUUCCCCGAAACAGAUUUUAUUGCAGUUACUGCAUACCAGAACGACAAGAUAACACAGCUGAAAAUUGAUCAUAAUCCUUUUGCAAAAGGAUUUCGAGAUACAGGAAAUGGAAGACGGGAAAAGAGGAAACAGUUGGCCUUGCAAUCCAUACGAUCAUACGAGGACCAACAGAAAAAAGAGAACGGGACGUCAGAUGACUCCUCUGGCGAACAGUCUUCUUUCAAAUGUUUUCGUCAAGCCUUAUCUCCUGCCGUGUCUACGGUGGGGCCGCCGAACUUGAAAGACUUCUGUGACACUGAUGAGGAUAGUGACGAUGACACCAAAGAUGGGAACUUGAAAGAGGGGCCCGAUUCAAAUAAAAUUUCUACCACCACAGAGGAUACUAAAGACCACGAGGCGAGCCCAAGCAAAUGUCAUCUCUUUUCGGACAGCGAUCAAGCCGUUCGAACGCGAGAGAAUGCCGGGAGGACUGAAAAAAGCCAACCAGACUCGCGGCAGAGCCCGAUUACCGUCAUCUCCAGUACCACGCGGUCUGGAGAAGACCUCAAGAGUCCAAGCCGAGAACAGAGUAAAACUGACGAGUGUCGGUCGAUAAGCAAAGACAACUAUCUGCCUUUGACCGUACAGACAGACAGCAGUGCGCACCAGAGUCACUUACACAGUUUUGGAUUUCCACCGGGCCUGGCAGGACAACAGUUUUUCAGUCACUUGGGUGGCGCCCAUCCCUUUCUUUUACAUCCAAGCCAGUUUAAUAUGGGAGGUGCGUUCUCAAAUAUGGCCGCGGGGAUGGGCCCCUUAUUGGCAGCUGUAUCCUCCGGAGGGGUUAGCACCAUGGACACGGCCAGUAUGGCGUCACCUUCGCAGAGCCUGACAGGAGCCCCGGGACUACCUUUUCAUCUGCAGCAACAUGUCUUGGCAUCACAGGGCUUGGCCAUGUCCCCGUUUGGAAGCCUGUUCCCCUAUCCAUACACGUACAUGGCAGCGGCUGCAGCUGCCUCGUCCGCAGCCUCCUCUUCAGCCCAUCGGCACCCGUUUUUUAACGCAGUGCGCCCUCGGUUUAGAUACAGUCCCUACUCUAUACCAAUGAGUGUACCAGACAGCACUUUGCUCACUACAGCAGUCCCCUCAGUGGUUAGCAACGCCAUCGACCUAAAAGGAGACGGUAUGGUCACGAGUCCUGUGUCGGCCUCUCUUGACUCAACCUCUGAAGUUACUAGUCGUUCCUCAACAAUAUCGUCCGGUUCUGUUUCUCUGUCACCCAAAACUUGCUCUGAAAAAGAUUCAAGCAAUGAAUUACAAAGCAUUCAGCGCUUGGUCAGUGGACUUGAAUCCAAACAAGACAGGCCAAGAAGCGUGUCUCCCUAGGUCGCCAUACCCCAGGUAGCCGCUGUUGGAGAGAAAGACCACGAUGCGAAUGUUUAAAACAUUGAUACGGAUUGUGUACGACUACGCCCUUUUAAUGAAUGCGGGUUUACAAUGAGGACCUAUAUGGGAAGAGGUUUGCACUUUGGUAAUACAUACAAACUAAACAUCCGAAAACUAU